AUGGAUAGCACCUAUCUCGCUACUAUCCUUUCUCCCCUCAGGUUCCGUUUCGCCUCUUCCGCUCUCCGUUCCUCCGUCAAGGUCCAAAAAUCAGCGACUAAGCGCCUCGCGAUCCCGUCACUGACGCCCGCCAAAGUGUCACAAGACCGAAAAAGCCUCAUCUUUACACUGGUCUCAUCAAUUCACCACAACCAUGGCCGAAGAUCCCAAAACGAUAAGCCAGUCACCGAGCAUGACAUCCCGUCUUGGAUGAAGAUCAGGGAAAGCGAUCCCGCCAACGUCACGCCUUCGUCCGCUGCCAUUCAGAAACACCAAGCUUUACCAGAUGACACUUCGCUGCGCAAAUCUCCUUCAACCAUGAUCAAAUGCAUCCAGGAAACUGCUGCCUCAUUUCUUCCCCACGUCGAACGCAGCAAUUCCAUCAAGGAAUUCGCGGCCAAGGCACAUCAAGACUCAUCGAACCAGAAAGAGCAACCACUGCAAGGUGGCCCUAGAUGCCUCAAUGAGACCUACUCGAAAAGGAUCGAAACGACCAUCCUUCGCAUUGACUACGUCGAGAUACUAGUCGACUUCCUCGUUUCUCUACUCGACUUGGAGAAGUGGCACCUCGUCAUUGGCGAAUUGUGGUUCUGUGCAAAGCCUUCGGGUGAUGUCAAGUUUACCGAAGAGAAUCUUACUGGCAUCGGAGGAGACGACAGCGGUGUCUAUCACAUCCACUCAUCAGACCCGCACACCGAGACGUUGUGGUCGAUGGCACUGACAAUGGCCAUUGAAAUCAAGAUACCCACACUAUGCGGACCUGGGCCACCUUCAACGCUUGCUUGCCCGUGUGAGGGCCGAAUCGAUAACAGAGACAAUAACAAGAGCAUCCUGAAGAUUACGGGGGCGAUCUGUGAGAUCGGCACGACAGAAGUGGCAUUACGCGACACAAAUCUCUUCACCAAGCAUCUGGAGGGAAACAUCAGACUCUUCGUUCAAAAGGUCGAGUCGCGUUCUAAAGGAAAGAAACUGCCGCCGGCGGGCCACUGGACAUAG